AUGAGACGGCGAUCAGCCGGCUCAGCCCAGCCGAACCUAAUGGCAAACUGCCGAAAUCGCACACACACAGCACGCCACGCUGUUCAUAUAAACUCGGUGCUCGGUGCGUGUGUGAGUGUGUCAGAAGCACUUUGUGAAAAGCACAGCAUCAGCAGCAGCGUUGAGCAGCUUAACGACCCAGCUUUAACGCUAGUGGAGCUUUUCGGCUGGCUGGCUGGCUGA